AUGCUCAUUCCCAUUCAGCUCAUUCUCACCGGUCUCCUGGCGCUCCUGGCGGCGCUGCACGGGCCCGACCUGCUCGACGUGCACGGCAUCGACGUGCUCAUUGAUGGCGUCGUCACCGGUGUCAUCGUUGCUCGCGACCGCACGGACUAUCUCGUUCGGACAGUCGUCGACUCGGCGGUGUCGAGCACGUUCCGGUUGUUCGACACUCCUCCCCAGACAGCCCUCCGAGACUGUGGUCGCGUCGACGUUAUCUACGUACCGGUUCUCGUGGGCAAUGUGUCAAUGGACCUGGACGACAUGGUCUGCCCCGCCGUCUGGGAUGUGUUCAUGGCGCCCGACAUCGUUCUCCCUUCGACCUCAGGACCGUCAAGCCCGCUCACUGAGGACCGUGUCACGUCGUUGUCUGCACAGCUCGUCGAGGUUGUCAACAUUCCCUCGACCCUGCCGUGGACGACACAGCCUGUCUCGACCAUCGACGUCUCCACGAUGCCUUCCCCACUCGAGGGUAUCACCUUGUUUGGUCUCAUCGCCGUUCUCCUUCUCACGCCCGUGGCCGCUGUUGCGUGCCUCAUGAAGCAUAGGGUGGUAUCCAAGGUCCGGAAGCAAUUGAACGUCGAAGCGGGGCCUAGAGCCUCUCCGUUCAACCCAGCUAUUCCGGACACACCCAAGCCUUCAACAUCGCACACCACCACAUCGGAGACUCCUGAGACCCCCGAGGGCUACUACGUUGACCUCGAGUACACCCCAGACCCUGUCGGGUUCUUCAUGUUUGUCUUCACUGACGUGUCCGACUUUCUCCUGGGACUCGUCAAGGACGUCGUCUUGCCUUCAUCGAUCUCAAAGGACGACGAAACACUUGGAUGCUUUAAUUCUUUCUACGAGUUUAUGGCCGAGCUUAAACUAGUUCCCUCGGUCCUCGAGAGUGUCGACGCGUGUGGGCAGCAGAGUCUGGUACUCUCGUCCCCGUCGACACCCUCUAAUCUUGUGGAAGACAUUCAAGUGUCCUCGUCCCCAAUCGUUCAAGACGAUAUUCCUACGACUGUCCCUAACACAACUUCCCCUGCUCCUCUCACGGCGCUGUCGCCUCUUCUCCCCGCCUUCUCCCUCUCCCCGCUACCUGGCUCCAAGUCGCCCAUUGCGCAGCCAUCCACACGGUCCAGCAAGUCAUGGGCAUGUGCCAUUGACCUAUACCUGAGCAUCCGCUCCUCGCAGAAGAUGCAGGAUAGCGAGCCCGCUCAGUCUGCAUCUCUAGACCCGACGAGGUACCGUCCCAUGCCGUACUUCAAGAAUGGCACACUCCAAGAAGGCAUCGUCGAUACGCACGUCGGAUGGAACGAGCCGCUUGUGUUUCCAGAUGCGGCCGAGGAGAACGAUCCGGUACCGCGGUCGGUGGCACGAGACCAGCUCUACGAUGUGAUGAAUAGCGGCAUCGCGCGCAAGACAUCCGGCGCGAGCAUCGAGCGAAUGCACAACCCGAGGACGCGGAGACGGAAGCGACGAAGGAAGGGUGACGCCCCCGAUGUCGCAGAAUCGAGCGGGACGACAGCUGAUAGUGAUGCGCCCGCUGCGUCUGCGUUUGCCUUAGAGCCCGUUGCGCGAGAGCCUCUCCGGCAGAGGCCCGUCAUCGCGCGCGACGGACUCGCUGCGAUUCGAGGCGUACUGGCGCCCUCUCCUCGCCGACCCAGAGCAUCGGUUAUCAUUCCCGUAUCUCCCGUCGCCCCUCCCCCGCCUCCGCCAAGGAUCACAUCGUUUGUGGUCCACAAUGCAAGCCCAUCCUCGAAGCCUGGAAUGCUUCCUCCUAGAUCCCCCAUCCUCUCUCCUUCUGACGACCUUUGGAAACCCUUAAUUCGCCCCGACGGAUCCUCCGCCCCCUCCUCCAAGCUGCCUGCAGCUCGUGUCCGUACGCUUCCUCCUCCCUCUCGUCAAACUCCCAACACCUCUCGCGGUCCUGCUAUGACUGUGGAACAAUAUCUAUUCAAUGUGCCUGUCCGCGUCGUUUCUGGCAAGCGAGGCAAGGGCAAGCAAGUCUCCCAGCCGAUGUUGUUCCAUGAUGUACUCGACUCGCUUCAAGAACCUCCCGAAGACUCCGUUGCCCCUGCCACCAUGUAA